AUGAAAAAUUUAGGUGAAACUCAACUGUAUGACCUUAAAUUUUAUUAAGUAAUCAUAUUUGGACAAUUCUUCAGAAGACUUAAACUAAAAAAAUUAAAUAUACUUUUACAAUUCAAUAAUUUUAGUUAUAACUUCUUAUUCACAGAAUUUGUUAAGUAAAUUCUUUGUUCUUUCUAGAUUUUACAGUAUUUAAUCAUUUUAUUCUAUUGA